AUGACGCGUUACAAUUCGUGUUCCGACUUUCAAUACAUCAGCGAAAAUGUUAUGUGCCUCUUGCAAGGUGGUUGUAUUUGUCUACUUAACCUUGUAAACAAUGAGAGGAAGUUUUUGUUCAUUUCGUGUUGUGAGACCCUUGGGGAAGUUCGCUUCGAGCUGGAGACGGGCCAGGGGAGAAGAAGCGCGAAGGUAGCAGUGGGCCUCACUACAGGGGUUGCCAUGAAGGGAGAAACGAACGGGAAAACGAACUCUGGCACAAACAACGUGGAGGGAAGGUACAUCCCACACCCUGUGAGGAAAUUCUCCUGUAAUGAAAGGGAGCAUGCCAUGGCAGUGGUCAUACAUAGAGCUUCUGGCGAUUUGCUGUGCUACCUCGUAUUCGAUGAGGCGAAUGGGUUAAACUCCUUCGAGGUGCACUUAACACACAGAGUUGGGGAAACCAUAAAAGACGUAACACUGGAGGAUGGCCAGGUGUACCUGCUACUAAAGAAACGCCGUGGGCUCCCCUUACAGGAGGGAGCGCUGUCUGGAAGGGAUAACCCCGGUAAGUUAAGCGACGAGUUGGGCGGUAAUCUACCCUCCGAUGCGGACUACCUUCUCUGCUCCCUCAAGUUGGUCAGCAACAAAAAAGGAGACCUGGAAGUAAUUGCCACGCACAAGUCCUCAUCGAGCUUUAAAAAAAUGAUGGUGUGCCCCUACGAUGGGAAGAAAAUCAUUUUGGUGUCAAAAAGGAGUGUCCUCUUUGUAGCCACCUCAAAUGAGCAACUCACAAAAUCAAACGUAACCACCGCGGUAAAGGAACUCUCCUUGAACAGUCCCGUUGUAGCAACCUCGUGGCUAGACUUCCACGUCUUCACCAUCUGUCUCUCCAAUAAUGAGGUCCUUUUUUUUGACCUCUCCACCAAUUCGACGGACUUGCCCCGGCUGAGGUGCCACAACAAUUACUCGAGAAUCUGCUGCAUUUUUUACCUGCCCGAUUAUCUCUUCGUUGCGUUUGCUACGAAGGAAAUUGUCUGUUUUCGCGUGAACUAUGGCGCGCUUUCCCCGGGCGCUUUUCGCAAGGUAACCGCCGUCGAAGACAACUACGUGAGUACCAAGUGCUUAUUCCAAAAGAGAAAGGAGAACUGGAAGGCAGAGGAGAAGCGUUCAAUGGAGGCACCUCCGAAAGAAACAGGUAUAAAGGAGGCGAAAGGAUACGUACUCCCCAACAACAGGAGACAUAUCAGGAAGAAUCCCCCCAAGCAGUCCAGAACCACCUUCGAAUCCAUAUUAAACGAAAUUAAAAAUGUGGAAAAUAAAAUAAGUGACAAAGGGUUUCAGCUGUUGGACGAAUCGGAGGGGGAAGGGAGAGUCGACGAUGAGCAGGCAUGGGAUAGCGUGGCAUUCACUGAGUGUGUCGCUGGUUGUGGAAGUUCGAGGGACGAUUACACCAAUUCAUGUUCCUCUGGGCAGGAUCACCCUACCAACAGGGGAACACCCUCCAAAGGAGCACACCAAAAGAAGGAUCUCUCCCAGAUGCGGAAGAAACGGAAGGCCAACUUUGCUAAGCUCCACUAUGAUGAGGACAACCUUACACAUAUCUUUACCCCCAUCUCGGUCGUCAAUUUUGAAAGGUACGUGACGCACAGGAUAAAUAGUGUCUGCCUUCACCGAGGGAAUCUACUCAUUCAGCUUGAAAAUGGACUCUCCUACUACACAACAACUUUUAACCAAAAGAAUAUGUAUCUAGCUGAGGACUCGAGCUUCUACCUCUGUGGACACACUGUUCUGCACAAAAUAAAGGACCUUAAAUUGUGCAGCACAAAACACCUUUUCACUUUGGAUGAAGCUAGAAUGCUCAAGUGUUACUCCCUUACAGACAACGAGUUGAAUAUUGUCUGUACUGGUAGGGGAAUAAAAUGGUUCGAUGUUCUUUCCAUGAUGGGGGAAUGCAACUGCUUGUUUGUGGCCCUCACAGAUGGAUCCUUUUUUUUUAUCAAUCUAAUGAGCUGCAAGAUUUUGCUCUACGGGAGUGUCAAGCACCUCCUGGGGGGUCGCCGCGGAAGACGCUCCAUCGAGUGCGGCGUCUUCAACAAGGUGAAUGAGCAUAUCUUCAAUGGGUACUUCAAGGUAUGCGGGGCGCUGCUCUUCUUCUUCCUGAUUUAUUCUGUGUCACACCAGAAGCUGUUCAUUUACUUCGUGCAUGAAGUGCUAAUAGGGAGGCUUCUCGCGCAGGUGUGUGAUGAGAAGGGAGGAGAUGAAAGGGGCGACACGGCCGCACUGCUUCUGAGUCUCUCAACGUACAGGCGGUCCGAUGUCAACGUAGACACCAACUUGGAUCGAACCUCCCAACGUGACUGUGACUAUGCCUGCCUCCUGAUGACCACCGGGGACCUACGCAACUUCUACCUCCUCUUCGUACAACUGAUAAAGAAGGAGACAAUAACCAUGCGAAAAAAAAACUGGGACACCAACGUACGAGUCUUCUAUUGGAAGGUGCCUCACAAGAAUGUCGUGUAUGGGAAGGUCAUUGGUAAUUACCUAGUCCUCGUAGACUUCCACUUGAACGUCCGUUUUUUUUACAUGAACAAAGUCACAUUUUGGGAAGUCUCCCCAGGGCACUCAAACGACGUUGCAUCCUCCCUAUCUGGGAAGAAGAUGUCCUUCCUCAGAAGAUUGAAAAGAGCCAAAGGGAGCAGACGUGAAGGUUUACAUGGCCCAAAUGAUGAGGAAAAUGCCUUCGAAGAAUUCAUUUUGAAGCGACGCAGAAGGAGGAAGGUAUUUCAUCCAGAUGGGGGCAACGAAGAUGCGGAGACCCACCCAAAUGAACAACCAAAUAGGAAGGAAAAAUCAUCAGGUGCUAGUCUAUUUCACCUAAACUUUGGGGAAGAAGACCUACACAUUGAUCUCAGUCACACGGGUAGAGCUCAGUUCAUUAACGAACGGAUGGAACAGAACGCUGGACAUAUUUGCAGCUUUUACAUCGUUACGGACUCGAAUAAGGUUGUUACCUUCUCCUUUGACAGUACUGCAUACCCACUUGGGAUGGUGAAGGGGCCUGAGGUGCAGGUCCCCCCUAUGGGAGGAAUGGAAAGGAUUAACUUCUUCCACCCAGUGGAUAUGAAAAGUGGAACAUACAAUUUGUUCAUGACUAAGGAAAGGCACUUCCGUUUGGAGGGCGCGUCAUGUUCCUCCGGGGUAGCACCCACGGGUGAUCAGGUGGGAGGGGGUCAUGAACCAGGCAGACCACUGCAGGACAACCAUAUGGGUGGAGAUAAACCCAACCCUCAAGCACUAAUCAAUGGGGAACCCCCCUUCCAACUAAUAUGCCAGAAGGACAUCGACCCAACUAUGCAAGCCACCUUGGCGAAGCUAAGUGAAGGGGGCCCCUACCCAAGUGACGUGAAUUUCUUUUUGAGGCAACCCAGUGUGGUGUUUUUAAAAGUGUACAGCAGCGCCCUGAGGAAGCGCCUGCGAGACAAGCGGGGGAAGAGCUUCCAGGAGAGAAUAUCAGUUAAAUGGGGGGGGCACCGUAGUGGUACCACAAAAGAGGUUCGCGCUGGUGAUGAUAAAGUUACAUCUUCCGGUGCAGCCACUUCCACCGGCACGCCGCAGCACACGAACUUCUUCUUCGACAACGAAACGACCAUAUUCACCUUCCUGAACGAAAACGAGUACCACCUCCCCCUGGAGGAGUGCCUAGAAAACUACAAAAACAAGCUCUACCUGAGUGAACUCCACGCGAAGAGGAAGGAAGAAAGAGAGCAAAUAGACAAGCUCCGAAAGCAGCUCCAUGAACUAAUCACCCAAAACGAAAACAGCAAUAGUAGUAUCAAAUUGGACAGAAAAAACUUCUUUUUCGAUAGAAAAAUUAUUAACGAGUCAGAAAUUUUAAUCAAUGAAUUUGAAAAAAUAAAAAAAAAUUUUGAAAAAAAAAAGCUAGCCAAAGAACACCUAAUAAAAAAGCUAGAGAAAAAAUGCUCCCCCCUCGCACAAGUAGACUUUCUCUUCGGAUUAAACACAAACUUGUAUGUCACCAAUGCGUUUAAAAAAAGCAGCUACAAUCAUUCUUGUCCCAUUAGAGAGAAAAUAAAAAUGUUGCGCUUCCUCCAACUUAAGGAAUCCGACUUUCUCCAAAAUGUAGAAAAAAAUAAUGUCCUCUUCUUUUUAAAAACAACAAAAGAUUACAUAGAUCGAUACACUGAAGACUUUUCUUCCCUCUUCUUUUCUCACUACUACCCCUGCACAAACAUGAAUUUGAAUUAUCUGUACGCCAACUUGUUCGGCUCCUCUUUCUCGGCCAGCGGGGUGGACAGCGUGCAGUGGAACUACCUCCUCUAUCCCCCCUGCGAUUUAUUUACGAACGCUCGGAAGCGUCUGCAGUGCUACGUGCUACAGAUGCUUAUCGACCAGCAAAAGGCCAAAUUCCAGAGCCACUUCCUCGCCCUGAAGGAAGAAAAGCAAAGCUACGUUGAAGAAAUCAACUUGGUGUCCAACAAACUGAAGCUCUCCCUCGAAGCUACGGACAAAUAUUUCAGUCAUCCCUACUCUCACACCAUCGACCCCGGCCUCUACAACAGGGGAGCGUUAAAAGGAGUGAAGAGUGACACCCUCCCUGUUUCGAACAAAUUCGACCCUGACGUGCUUCUCAAAAUGCACCUGCACAAGCUCCAGGUAGAGAAUCAAACGGGGGACGCCUUUGACGAACAUGAAAAAGGGGAUCUAACUGUGAAAGCGCAAAAGAAGGGGGAAAUUUUAGGGAUGGGUGCCGGGCUAGGAGGUGAAUCAGAGGCGGACAAGGAACUCCCCAAAGACACAGCUCCUUGCGACGUCGAAGCGGACCCAGAGAGUCUUGAGAUUCAGGAGAAGAAAAAAAAUGACGUAAGAAAUGCGCUAUCUGAUUUGAAGAGUUACAUCUAUCAGAUCUCCGACCAAUGCGAGGAGUUCAAUGAGAAGUUAAAGCAGUUGAGGAAGAAGAAAUACAACAUACAAAAGCUGAUCAAGCUGCACGAGCUGUACUGUAUUUCUAUUUACGCCACGUUAAUAAAUGAAGAAAGGAAGGAAGAAGCUCUACACCAAAUAGAGAAGAAGAGAACUGAGGUAGAGGGACAAUUAUCGAAGCUUGAUGUUUCGAUGGGACAAUUAGAUGUACUACAGGUUGACGAGCAGUCCUUACGAGAAGAAAGGAAGCGCCUGUUGGAGAAACACAAGAGGAAUUUGGCCCUAAGCGAACUGCUCACGAGGAAGAAGCAAAAGUUCGAGAAGAGGUUCCUCCACGAAUGCAUCAACUUCGAUGUCCUCAUGGAGCAGAAAUAUGAAAACGUCAUCGGAUUCGACUUCGACUCCAGGAAAAAUUUAUUCAUAAAAAAAAAAAUAAUCCAGAAGCACAUUGCAGACACGAAUCAAAUUAUCCAUGAGAACUUCGAGCUGAGAAGGAGCAUCCGGAAACUAAAGCACGACAUUCGCAGGAACAAAAUAAAAAAAGACUACCUGCACUUCUCACUCAUGGACAUAGAAGAAGGGGUCGACGACGUUAAGUACCUCAAACAGAACUGCGAGUUCCUCUUUAGUGACAUAAAUAAUGUGAUCAGCUCACUGGAGGCGAAGAAAAAAAACAGGAAACUGAUUUUUCAAAUGUCGGAACAGAAGCUGCGCGAGCAAAUUAGCAACGUGGACGCGAAGAUUUCGGCAAUCAAAUCUGAGAACGUCGUGUUGGAGGCCAACAUGCAGAGCCUGCUAAAGGAGAUUAACCAAAUGGACAAGGCGGCGCAGGGCGACCAGGGGGAAGAUUCUUCCCACCUACUCGAGACGAAGAUAAAUUCUGGAGACGAUGUUUCUGCGCGCGCGAGGAUGUCCUCCAAUUGCUCUGAUGCAGAUGAAGAUGUAGACGGAGAGAUCAGCCAAGAAAAUGAACCCAACGACGCGGCGGAACAAAACAGCGACCAUGCACAUAAACAAGCCGCUGAGCAGCCCUCCGCUCCCGAAAAAAAAAAACAAACAAAACUGCGUACCAGGGACAUCCACGAAAAGAGUGCCAUCCUACGGAAAAAAUAUAAGUGA